AAGCGUGCCCCGAAGCACAUGGGCGGUCGGCGUUAGUCCCGCAUAACACUCAUCGUGUGAGUCGUUUAAGAUAAAGUUAUCGGUGCCUCACCGUAACGGCCCCGCUGCAAGAAGAGGAGGCACAUCUCACCUGACCCACGCUCUCUCUCCUGCCUAUAAAUUCUCUCCCCGAUCAUUCCCCACCUCUCUUGCUGAUACCGAAGAAGCCAUCGCCAGUAUCGCUUCCUCGAGGGCUUGGAGGAGGAGGACGAGACAGGAAGGAAGCACGCGGGAGAUCGAUCGAAGGAGAAGGCGUUAGGGUUUCGGGUUAUGGGAUUUGGCCGAUGUCGGGCGAGAAGCCACCGGUAGAGUUCUGCAAAGGCGUGAAUGGCCUCGAGAAGGUCGUGCUCAGGGAGGUCCGCGGGAGCUCGGCCGAGGUGUAUUUGUAUGGUGGUCAUGUGACUUCUUGGAAAAAUGACCAUGGGGAGGAGUUGCUCUUUCUCAGUACUAAGGCCAUUUUCAAGCCUCCAAAAGCUAUACGCGGAGGCAUUCCGAUAUGCUUUCCUCAAUUUGGGAGCCAUGGAAAUCUUGAACAGCAUGGCUUUGCAAGGAAUAGGCUUUGGAGUAUCGAUUCUGAUCCUCCUCCUUUUCCUACAGUUAGCUCCAAUAAAGCUUUCAUUGAUUUGAUCUUUAAACCUAGUGAAGAUGAUCUUAAGUUAUGGCCUCAUAGUUAUGAAUUCCGUUUAAGGAUUACACUAGGGCCUGGAGGAGAUCUAAUGCUGACGUCACGCAUUAGAAAUACUGAUGGAAAGCCAUUCUCCUUCACGUUUGCCUACCACACUUAUUUUUCUGUUUCUGAUAUCAGUGAAGUUCGAGUUGAAGGGCUGGAGACGCUUGAUUACCUUGACAACCUAAAAGCCAAGGAACGUUUCACAGAACAAGGAGAUGCAAUUACUUUUGAGUCUGAAGUGGACAAGAUCUAUUUGGGGACACCGAGCAAAAUAGCAAUUCUAGAUCAUGAAAAAAAACGAACCUUUGUCUUGCGGAAAGAUGGGCUUCCAGAUGCAGUGGUAUGGAAUCCUUGGGAGAAGAAGGCCAAAUCCAUGGCGGAUUUUGGCGAUGAUGAAUACAAGCAUAUGCUAUGUGUGGAGGCUGCAGCUAUUGAGAAGCCCAUCACUCUGAAACCUGGCGAGGAAUGGAAGGGAAGGCUGGAGCUAUCUACUGUUCCUUCCAGUUACCGCAGUGGGCAGCUGGAUCCUCAAAGGGUGCUUCAAGGAUGAAAACCAUUAUGCUUUAUGAUUUGCAGGCACACUUCUUUGUCGGAUGCUUGGCAUCAAGUUAAAGCUCUGUCAAGCUCUGACCUGUCUGUUGGCGGUAAGUUAAAAUCUUUGUUCAUCUCUUUUUUUUUUUCUUUUUUUUUUCCACCUGUCUUUUGUAUGUAAGGUGGGCUCAAGCAGACCUGUGAAAGGGUAAUGCUGGAUAUGUUUCAAAACAUACAACGGGGAUUGUAGAAUGCUCAAUAAGUCUGACUUGUGCUUUGCUUCUGUAUACUGUCAUAAAAUCAAAAUUUUUGAGUCUUGUGAUAAGAAGGCCUUUGGCA